UCUCAGCCAUCUGCAGGAAACCAAUUAGCAGGAAUAAAGAGCUAAGUGUUUUUCUCUCCUCUAUGUUCAGACCUCACUCUUACCUCUCCCCCGCUCACACCCCUCCGUCUCUCUGUUUACUGUAGAUAUAGCUUUAAGAAGACGAUUUUAGGAACACAGAGAGGAGGACUGUGUUAUGCUGCUCUCUCUGCGGCUGUCCUCUCCUGUACGCUCUCUGGUCCAAAGGGAAUAUGUGGAUGUUCAGUAGACCCGCUAUUUGACUGGAUUACUACAGAUACAGUCCAAGGAGUCCAGAGACGCCGCCGCCACAACCGCACAGAUGUGGGGUAGUGAUGCGUGGCUGCUGUAGGAGCCAUUAUGGACAUCGGUGAGGGAGGGAGAGGAAGGGAUGGAGGGAGAGAGGGAGGAGAACCUGACAUCAGCACCAAGCCGUUAUCUCAUCCUCUCCUGACCCCGGAAGUGGUUCCUUCUAAGGGGUCGCCCUCUCGUACCUCAGCCCCGGCCCCUGCCAAAGAGCCCUCUAACCUGACCCAGACAGAGCAAGGGGGUGCAGAGGGGACCGCAGGCAGAGAGGAGACCCCAGAAGGGGAGCGGGGUAUAUACUCACAGAAUAAUGGUGUGACACUGAAAGAAGAGCAAGAGAAGGAAGAGAAGCUAAAUGAGAAGAAGGAGAAAGAAAGAUUGUUACUGGUGGAGGACAGAGCGGAAACAGGAAGAAAAAACCUUGCACCAGCCCUCAGCAGCAAAGACAGAGGAGAAGAGGAAAAAGAGAAGGAAGAGGAAGAGGAGAGAGAAGAGGCCAUCUCAAACCAAAGCCAAACCAAAUCCAAAUGUAGUCUAUUACCUCGACAGAGCCAGCACAGCUCUGCUUCCAGCACUGUUAUGGCCAGUGGCACAUUGAACAGCAACAUCCACAUCACUGCUUCCAAUUCUCCAAAGCACUCUACCUCUCCUUCUACCUGUCCAAAGCUCUCAUUAUCACCUUCCAAUUCUCCAAAGCACUCUACCUCUCCUUUCACCUCUCCAAAGCGCUCCAGCUUUUUCCCCUCCUCUCCUUAUCCUCAGAAUGAGACAGAGGUGAGAGACACAGGAGAAGUGCAGGGCAAUAGUCCUUGUUUUCCUCUGAGCUUUAAACCCCAGCAGUCUGCUCUGUCUAAGUCCACCAGCCCACCCGCUAAGGAUGAUGGUAGGGCAGACGCCACUCACACUUCCCUUAUUUCCAAUGGAGACACCGCCAAAGUUCCAAAACCAAACAACAACCCAGAAGUGAGAGAUGGAGAUAGAGAGAUGGAAAUAGAAAGAGAUGAUGAUGAGGGAAAUGGAGAGAAGGAACGAGAGGGAGAUGAGAACAUAGAGACUGUAUCUAAGUACCUCCACUCCUCUCCCUCCUCUUCCUCCUCACCCUCCUCUCCCGUCUCACUGAACAGUCACAUGGCAUUGAUGCACUCCCGGAACUCCUGCAAGACACUUAAAUGCCCCAAAUGUAACUGGCAUUACAAAUCCCAGCAGACACUGCAAGUCCACCUCAGAGAAAAACACCCAGAGUCUGGGGGCUCAUGUGUGUGUGGGGGCUUGGGGGAGAAUUGUGUUUGUGGAGGGUCAAGGGGUGUGUGUCUGUACUGUAGCACAGGGAAGGCCCAUCCUCGUCUAUCCCGAGGGGAGAGUUAUGUCUGUGGGUACAAGCCCUAUCGCUGUGGUGUGUGUGAUUACGCCACGUCCUCUAAAGGAAACCUCAGCAUACACAUGCAGUCAGACAAACACCUCAGCAACGUACAGACAGCGGGACAAACACAACAUGCGCACAGCACACACACACACUCCACACACAGCGCGGGCUCCACUGUCAGAGACACGGCAGGCGGUCAGGUGUACGGACACACACACCCCGAAGUCACGCAGCCCCCUGAAAACACACCGCCCUACCCCAGCCAUCCCUCCUCCCAGGGUAAGAGGUGGCGGUGUGAGGUGUGUGAUUAUGAGACCAGCAUUGCGCGGAACCUGCGCAUACACACCACCAGCGAGAAACACACACAAAAUGUGCUGCGCCUGAAACACACACACAACGUACUGCAGCUGCAGAGAAGCUACUACCUGGCCCACUGCAGGAGUCUGCCUCCUCAUCUAACACUGCUACAUAGCACAGGUGGGGAGCAGUCUUUGGAUAUUCAUCAACUAACAGCAGAGGAGCCAGUUGCCCCAGAUUCAACCCUGACCCCCUCCCCCUCUCCUCCUCCCUCCUCCUCACCAUCCCCUUCUCUAUCCCCCUCUCCCCCUUCUCCCCUGUCUCUCUCCCCCUCUCCCCCUCCUCCCCUGUCUCUCUCCUCCUCAUCUCUCCUCUACCGUGGUGUGUUCCGGUGCCUGGUGUGUUUCAGUUUCUCCUCUGACAGUCUGGAGUCUCUUGGGUCUCACCUGAGUGCCCCCCGCUCCCUGCCCCAGUCUGAGUGGCGUUGUCUGGUGGCCGGAGGCUGCUAUUGCAGGCUGUGUGGCUACAGCACCCCCCUCACAGCUAACUUCACCUUGCACUGCCAGACAGACAGACACAGGGCCCGCUACCAGCUAGCUGCCCACCUCUGGGAGAGAGGGGAGAAGGGGGAAGCUGUGAACUGGGAGGAAGUUGGGAAGUUGGUUGCUACAGGCAACCUGGUCCAGCUGAAGUGUAACGUGUGUGACUUCCAGACCACCAGCUUGGAGAAACUGAGAAUACACAGCGUCAACUCCCAACACCAGGCCAGCCUCAGAGUCUACAUGUUCUUUGAGCAGUAUGACAGUGCAGUAGCUGGAGGCUCCUGGUCGUUCCACUGUGUCUUGUGUAAUUACUCCUCCCGUUCUAAACUCCACCUACUGAGACACACCCACUCCACGGGUCAUCAUAAGAGGGAGGAGCUUCACCGCUUGCAGCUUGUGAAAAGGAGGAGCCUGAAUAAAGGAGAGGAUCUAGCUGCCAUCUUCAGCAUUAGGAAGUGUACCAGUCCUGAGAUAGAUGAAAGCAGUGAGGAGGGGGAGAGGAGAGAUUCCUUAUCCCCAGCCAAGCGAUCAUUCUCUUGGCUGGAGGAGACACAGAGCCCCCUCUCUCCCAAAUGCCCCAGAACCGACAAGCACACCACUGACCAACAUACUACUGCCAAGUGCCCACUGUGCCAGGACACACUGGUACACACACACCUGAGACGUCACCUCACACUCAUUCAUAGUGUGGCCCAGGACUGUGUGGAGAAGCUCAUGAGCACUGUGGCAGUGGAUCUGCCAGAGAUUCUACAGAAAGAGACACUGCAGAGGGAUUCCCAUUCAAGCGACUCCAACACAAACGAAUAUCAAACAAACGAUUCCAACACAAUCGACUUUUACGCAAAGGAGUCCCUCAGAAAUGAGUCUCAAUCAAACGACUCCCAUAUAAAUGAAGAAGAAGUGAUACCAGCCAAAGAUGUCCCUGCUCUGCCCACCCGUCCUUGUGAGGAUCAGCAUCUAGCGGAGGACAACACCUCUCACCUCCCAGAGUCCCCCAGCUCCCCCUCCCUCCCCACUCCUCCCUCUCCCUCCCUCAGCCACCUCCCUUCAUCCGCCUUACCUCCCUCUCCUCCCAGCGAUGCCCCUCCCUCCUCUGAUCGUCAUUGUUACAGGUUCCGCUGUGGCAGGUGCAGUCUAGCAUUCCGGACACAGGAGAAGCUGAAACUGCACUGGCAGUACCAUGCCAUGAGGGCGGCGACAGAGUGCCACCUCUGCCCCAGACGCUGCCGCAGCCAAGAGGCCCUGCAGAGACACCUGCUCAACACACACCUACAGGACCUACACCUACAGGGUACACACCCUGACCAGAUUGGAGCACACAUCCAACGACCAACCAGCCUGGAGGGGGAGGAAGAGGAGGGGGAGAGUAUGAGUGAAGAAGAUGAGGAGGAGGGAAAUGAAGGAGAGGAGGAUGAAAAGGAUGACCCAGAUGAGGAGGAGAGGCCCAGUCCAGGGGUUAGUAAUAGUGACAAGGGUUCAGGGCAGCAGGAGGAGGAGGUAGGGUCAGAACCCAGCCCUCUCAUCAAGGGCUCAAACCCGACUCUGGAGCGGUUCCUGGACCCGGCUCGGCCCUACAAGUGUUCAGUCUGCUGUGAGUCCUUCACUCAGAGAACCAUCCUGCUGGUCCACUAUAACUCUGUGUCCCACCUCCACCGAGCCAAAGCCAGACGGGCCCUGCAUGACUCCAGCCCCAGUCAUGCCGACACCACCCAGGGCCUGGAACCAAGCCCCUACCGGUGCAGCCUGGCCUCUGACCCCAGGCCCUACCGCUGCAGAAUGUGUGGGGUGGCCUACAGCCAGAGCUCCACCCUGGACAUCCACCUCCGUUCUGUACUGCACCAGACACGAGCCCGUGCAGCUCGAACCCAGCUACCACUGAACCCCCACACCCACCAAACUCCAGCCUCAGCCUUAACUCAGGCUCCCCACACCCCAGUCCCAUCCUUGGUCCAAACUCAGACCCCUGCCUCCAGCCCUUUGCCUGGAGGAGGAGAGGCAUCUACCAGGGGAAACCCCCCAGCAGCCACCAGACCAGCCCCUGCCCCCCCAAGUCCCUGUUCCUCCCUGAGUGAAGCCCAACUGAGUGUGGGUGUCUCUGGGCAGGUUAAGGGUCAACAGGCUAAGAGGAGGAGAGUAGAGGACCUGACCGCUUCCGCAGGACAGCAGGACCUGAUGUUACUCCAACAGCAAUUAGCCAAGGCCCAGAUACUACAGCAACAGGAGUUAGCCCAAGCCCAGAUACAGCAACACACAGCCCUCCUCCAGCCCCAGCUCUUUAGUCCAACACUGCUCCCACACCUCCUAAAGCAGCACCUCCCUUCAGCAGCAGAGAUUCUCCAACACGGGAACCUCUUCCCUCCUCUCCCCUUAUCCCCAGACAGCCUAUUCUCUCUACAGCAGCAGCUGCUCCUGUCCUUCUACCUUUCUGGAGGGUUGCAUCUCAACCCCAACACAACCCUUAUGAACCAGACCACCUCAGCUGUCUCCCCUCAGACCACCUCAGCUGUCUCGCCUCAGACCACCUCAGCUGUCUCCCCUCAGACCACCUCAGCUGUCUCCCCUCAGACCACCUCAGCUGUCUCCCCUCAGACCACCUCAGCUGUCUCCCCACAGACCACCUCAGCUGUCUCCCCACAGACCACCUCAGCUGUCUCCCCACAGACCACCUCAGCUGUCUCCCCUCAGACCACCUCAGCUGUCUCCCCUCAGACCACCUCAGCUGUCUCCCCUCAGACCACCUCAGCUGUCUCCCCUCAGACCACCUCAGCUGUCUCCCCUCAGACCACCUCAGCUGUCUCCCCACAGACCACCUCAGCUGUCUCCCCUCAGACCACCUCAGCUGUCUCCCCUCAGACCACCUCGGACCAACACCCCCAGAUAGAGAGGCUUGAACCUCCCUCUCCACAGCCAGAGACGAAUGGAAUCCAGUUUCCAGCCCAUGCCCCGAAAUGUGAAACCCAGGCUGAGACCACUGGCAGUGACUCCCCACUCCACCAGACAGAGAAAGAGUUCAACCCAUCCUCCCCUCCUGAGGGAGAGAAGAGUGAGAAGAAGGAGAGGGCAGAGAAGGCCCUCAGAGUUCUGUUGGAAAGAUACGGCUGGGAGCUGGCCCUACAAAGCACUCAGAGCAGACAGAGACAGCAGAACAGAGAGAUGGAGGGAUGCCUGGAGGAGGAGAAGCAAUGUGGAGAAUGUGGGAAGCUGUUCUCUGACUCUCUGAUCCUGAAGAGUCACCAGGAGUUUGUUCACCGCCAGAUGAUCCCUCCUGUAGUGUUGGAGAUGUUCUCCAGACAGUACAGGCUGCAGUACGACCGCCUUUACCCCCUCAGACCCUUCACACCGGGGGACACUGAGACUACUGUUGUUGCACCCCUAACCCCAGCUUCAGCACCUGCACUUGCACCUUUACCCCCAGCACCAGCCUCAGAUUCAAACCUCGACCAAGCCCAAUCCCUCGCCGUCUCCCAAACCUCAGUCCCAGCCCUUACCCCAGCUGCAACCCUAACAACCAUAGACACAGACCCAGCUGUUCGCACACCACCAGCACCAGCAUCCGUAUCUGUAACCCUGUCCCCAGACCAAGCCCCAGUUAAUUCCCUCUUCCCAGUUCAUGCCAGAACCUCACCAACACCCUCUCCUCCUCCACUCCCCCGCCAAACAAAACCACUUUCAGAGCAGGACAGUACCACAACGACAAACACCCCUUGCCCUGACCCCUCUCAAACUAUCAUAUACAAGCCCAAACUCUCCAUACCCCCUCUCCCCUUACCCCAACUCCCCCUGCCCCAUCUUCCUUUAUCCAACCUCUCCUCUCUUCCCUUUCCCAUAGACCCCUCUCUCCUCCCCCUUGGUCUAAUGCAGCCCAUAGCCCUCCAGUCAAUGCUUCAGUACCAGUCCCUGUUAUCGUCCUGCCACCAACCACCCUUAUCCCUAUACACCAACACCCACUCUGCUUCUUGCCCAGCUCUUCCCCCAUACACUACCACCCACUCUGCUUCUAGCCCAGCUCUACCCCCAUACACUACCACCCACUCUGCUCCUAGCCCAGCUCUAACCCCAUACACUAACACCCACUCUGCUCCUAGCCUAGCCCUGCCCCCAUACACUACCACCCACUCUGCUCCUAGCCUAGCCCUGCCCCCAUAUACUACCACCCACUGUGCUCCUAGCCCAGCCCUGCCCCCAUAUACUACCACCCACUUUGCUCCUAGCCCAGCCCUGCCCCCAUACACUACCACCCACUCUGCUCCUAGCCCAGCUCUAACCCCAUACACUACCACCCACUCUGCUCCUAGCCCAGCCCUGCCCCCAUACACUACCACCCACUCUGCUCCUAGCCCAGCCCAGCCCCCAUACACUACCACCCACUCUGCUCCUAGCCCAGCCCAGCCCCCAUACACUACCACCCACUCUGCUCCUAGCCCAGCCCAGCCCCCAUACACUACCACCCACUCUACUCCUAGCCCAGCCCUGCCCCCAUACACUACCACCCACUCUACUCCUAGCCCAGUCCUGCCCCCAUACACUACCACCCACUCUGCUCCUAACCCAGCCCUGCCCUCUCUGGAGCGUAGGCUGGAGGAAGGAACAGAGGUUAGGCCUAUGAGUGAUGUGAUGGCCGGUGAUGGAGAGGAAGGGGGAGAGAGGGAGGGAGAGGGGGAUGAGCAGAGGAGGGAUAGGCGCCAGAGGACCACCAUCAGUGCAGAGCAGCUAGAGGUUCUAUACCAGCGCUACAGUCUGAACUCCAACCCAACCCGCUCUGCACUGGAGGGCAUCACCAGGGACACAGGGCUGAAGAAACGUGUGGUGCAGGUAUGGUUCCAGAACACCAGGGCUCGUCAGAGGAAGGGCCAGCUCCAGACCCUGGGGAGAGGAGGUUUAGGUGUGGGUCUGGGUCUGGGUGACAACCACAGGCGCUGUCCGUUCUGUAGGGCUUUGUUCAAGGCUCAAAGUGCCCUGGACGCCCAUGUUAGGGCCCGCCACUGGUCCCAAACUGACAGACCUGCCUAUGGCUUGUCUCAUCAGAUAGGUUCCGCUGAUGACUUCAGCUUUUCUCACAACCAUGGAUCCUACAGAGACAGGGAGGGUCCCCCACUCUCCCUCCAGCAUUCUCCCUCUCUCUCCCACCAUCCUUCUCUCCCUACCUCCCUCCAUCCCUCCCCGAACCCCUUUCAUCCCUCUCCAAGCCCCAGGGUCAUCCCCACUGAGAGAAAAUACAUUUCUGGGAAAACAGAUAUGACCUUUGACCUGAACGAACCCGACAUGGAAGUGGAGGAAGAGGAAGAAGGUCUGUCAGUAAAAAUAUUCCCUUCGUCUGACCAGGCUCAUGAGGGUAACCAUAGCAAUCUGUUGUCUCUGGGAUACAAAUAUGGGAUGGCAAGCUUCAACGUUCAAGACUGUGACCAGAAUUCCAGUCCAAGUCUGUCUGAGAGUGUGGAUAGGCAUGGACCGAGACAGCAGCAGCAGCAGAGGCAGCGUACACAGAUGACCCCCCAGCAGGUGGCCAAGCUCAGAGCCUGUUACAGGGAGCACCCCACCCCCAGCCCCCUGCAGUGUGAAGGCCUGGGACGGCAGCUGGGGCUCCCACGCAGGGUGGUGCAGGUGUGGUUUCAGAAUGGCCGGGCCAAGGAGAAGAGGGCAAGGAGCCUCAGAGUUGACCCCACCACAGGAUAGAGGGAAAGGCAGCAGAGGACAGGGGAGAGAACGCACACAGCCAUGAACUAAGUGCAUGUCACUCACAACAAUAAACCAACCAGAUGCCACAGAAGCCAAAGAGCAUUCUACCAGUGUACCUCACCCCUUACUCAGCCCCAAAACAUCACAGGGCAGACCUCCUCUAGAGCUUUAAGACACCACUCCUCUGUUCCUCUGUCUUGCCUUUCCCCUCCUCUCCUGUCCUCCAACCGAUACCUCAGGAGUUAACCCCUCCAUGCCAACAGAUGUCCCUGUUCUGACAAUAGAAUCUGGAGAACCAGGACACAGUAUGUGCCCCUCCCACUUCUGUUUAAAGACUUUACAAGUGCAAGUAUCAAACUGUUAGACGUUUUAGUGUAUAGAACGUUCUUUCAAAGUAUAAGAAAACUGAAAGAAACACAAGCAGCUACGGAAAACAAAAAUGUAAAAUAUUCUUUACAAAGAGCAUCUGCAAAGACUGGCUUGGAUUCCAAAGCUCGUAACCAAAACCUUACAUGUCCGUGGAUUGUGUUGUCAACAUGGUGGUUUUAAUUUCCAAACCGCAGUACAAACCAUACAGUGAAGAGUAGAACUGAGACUGGUGCGUAUCAAUAGACUGACUGGUCUACGUGGUGCUGAAGCAGACCUCAACCUUCUCAAGCCAAUGAUGACUCUACUGCACAUGUACUGAACACUCCUUAUGUGGAUAAUAGGCCAAAUAGCACUGAGAUAAGUCCACUUUGUCCUUUGUGAGAGGUCAUAUAAGAAGCUAUUUUGAUAACGUUCGACCAAUAUAUGUCACAACUUUAACCAAACACUACACAACAUUGUCUGUGUUUAGUAAAUGUUAAUGAAUAUGAAUAUUAUGGAUUAACGGUCGUUGAUAAGACAAGUGUAAUUGUGUGGUGUAUGAGAACAUAAUGUAGGCGUUAUAAUGUGGAGUUGCCUUUUCUUAUUGAAGUAAAUACCAAUAUGUUGUGUAAUAAUUCCAUGUCUACUAUACUCAGGCCAACUGAACUGUUUUUUAUUUGGUCGUAGUAAUGUACUAGUUUCUCUUCUGUUCCUAAUGCCAGACACAAAGUCUGUUUUGAAACCUUAUGAUGUAAAUAUUGACUGUUGAUAUGAAGUUCCUAUAAUGGUAGUUCAAAAGAAACCUCUCUGGAUUUGAGAGAUCUGAGCUUUCUGACCGAUAAUUGAUAGUUCCAUUAUUCCAUUAUUACAAUGUUAAAUGGUGUGAGGGGUAAAUUAAUGUACAGUAUGUAGCUUUUAUAUGGUCGACUCAGUCUCCCCUGAGACUGCGUCUGUUCUGACGAACCAUACUCACUGAGAGUUACUGACGUUAUACUGAUGACAACUUCGGAUGUUGUGUUAUACUGAUGAAAACUUUAGAUGUUGUGUGCACUUAACUCUCUCACACACUCUAACCAUUUUUCUCUCACUCUCUUUCUCAUCUCCUUUUUGAUCUCUAAAUGUAAUAAUAUUACUGUAGUAACAGUAAUAACUAUGAUAAUAUCGAAUGCUUUAAAACACAACCCAAAGACAAUAACACUGUAACCAUCGAUGCAUAAAUCCCACAAAAAACAACUUCAAAAGUUGACUUGAUAAUGUAACAUUGAUUGUUGGGAAGAAAGAGUGACUGUAUCAGACCUGCUGUAUCUGUCUUCACCAGGCCACUGGUGAGUGUAUACUGUAACCACCAGAAAACCAAAACCUGUUAUUAUACUAGGAUGGAGGAGCACUUCUCAAAGCCCCCCAACUACUAGUGCACUCAGUAGGCGUGUACUCAGUAGGGAACCAAACCCUAGUGUACCAUACUCAGUAGGGAACUACUUCAGAGCCAUUGCAGUGUGUAGAGUGGUUGAAAUGUUUUCCUCCUCAAUGUCAAUGUCUUUUUAACCAGGUGGAAGAAUCCAUCUCAGUCUUUGAGGAUGUCCAGUUGGCUGCUAACGUAUUUUUAAAAUACUUUAAUAACAACAAACUGUUAUAACACACAUGACGCUGUUCAUAACCUGACCUUUUAUUCUGAUGUUAACAAAGAGAUACUUGGGGCGGCAGUAUUUACUCAGUAAUGUAUUACUAUGUGGACAGUGGUUUCUGAACAAAGAUACAAAGAAGUUACAAUGACACUAUAAAGAUAAGAUACUUCUAUACUUAAGAUCCUGCAUAGCUAUUCUAUGGUAGGUUGGAUUGUAUCUAGCCCACACCUUCCACAGGUCUGUGUACCAGUAUGUUUCUGAUCUUGUGUCGCUGGCUUGUUUAGCCAUGUUUGUUUCUGCUUUAGGCCAACAAUGUAGCCUUGUAGCUAUGUAGCCAUGCUUGUCUCUGCUAUAGGCCAGGCAACAAUGUAGUGACAUAGACACGUAUCCCAUGUACCUUGGUAGGCACGUAGUCAUGUAGCCACACAGAUUGUAGCCAUGCAGUGAUACUGAACACAGAAACAGUCUGUCAUCCAGGCUAACCUUCCAAAGGAUUCUAACUCUGUUUACCCAUAGCUCUAUAUCUGACCAAUGUUUACCACAAUACCAAUGAUCUUUCUUCUGUACUGAAAUUCCAAAUACUGGACCACUUGGCAGUUAUGUACAUAUUGUUGUUCUAUUCCUUUUGCUUAUUUUCUGAAUAACUGUAAGAUGUAAAUAUUGUGUCGUUCCUGGAAGCUGUUGCCGUAGUGAUAACCAAAAGAUACCUGUGUUGUGCACCUGUUCCAGUCUCUUGCUCCAGUGGUUAACUUUGUUCCUUCUCCCCAGUUUUCGAAUGGAUGUGUGUUUUCUCCCCCUCCCCUUUCCAUAGCCACUGAGGUAAAUAAAGUCUGGUUUGGUGGA